AUGGAGUACUGCACCCUCGACGUCUUCACCCGCCACCGAUUCGCCGGCAACCCGCUCGCUGUGGUCAAGGUCCCCGCCACCGUCGCACUGACGCAGGGGCAGAAGCAGCUCGUCGCCCGAGAAUUCAAUUUUUCCGAGACCGUCUUUCUCCACGAGCGCCGGGGCGGCGAGAACACAUGGAAGAUUGACAUCUUCAUCACGACGGCGGAGAUACCCUUUGCGGGGCACCCUACCAUUGGGACGGCGUGCCUCGUCCUCUCCCAGCUGCCUGGUCAGGCCGACGCCGCGGGAAUUAUCGAAGGCAAAUUCCUCACCAAGGCCGGUGAAAUCCGGCUCAAGUACUCCACGGCUGAGGCACUCGCCUCGGCGGAGAUCCCUCACGACGUGCGCAUCCACGGCCAGAGAUUAUCGCGGUCUCUUUUGCUCGAGAUGCAGCCCUCGAUGGCGAUCCUCUCCUCGCCGACGAUGCCAAGGGUGCCGGAGCAGAUGCCCGUGGUGUCGAUUGUCAGGGGAAUGACAUUCGCGCUCGUCGAGGUCGACAGCCUGGCGACACUCGGCGCGGCGGCCACGGGCACGUUCACGGUCGACGUGGCGCUGGACGAAGGCUGGGACCAGUCGUUCGUAGCGCUGUACUUCUACUUUCGAUUGCCAGACUCGGCAGACGGUACCAGGAACCUUCGAACAAGGAUGAUCGAAGGAGGGCUGGAGGACCCGGCGACUGGCUCCGCUGCUAGCGCGCUGGCCUGCUUCCUGUCGCUCGCGGAAGGCGUGGCCGGGCAGACGCACCGCUACGCCGUCACGCAGGGGGUAGAGAUGGGCCGGAAGAGCGAGAUAGGCGUGCAAGUCGGGCUGGCCAAGACGGAAGGCGAGAUUGAAUCAGUGCAGCUCAGCGGCGCAGCGGUCGAGGUCAUGGAAGGCAGGCUUGCGACGUGA